AUGGCUACCGCAGAGCAUCUCACCAACCUUACCGCUCUGGUGAUUGACAACCUCCGAGACCAGCAUGACUGGACCGACGUUGAGAUUCGCGACGAUGGCAAAAGCCGACCGCGUCCUAUCGUCACCGGUCUACCGCCAUCCCGCCUGUACAUGCACCCGGACGAGCAGAUCGAGGCUCUUGAGAUCGAACAGACAACUGGAAAACGUCCAAACCAGACUCCCGAGUAUGAAUGGGUUCUGCCCGUCCACCUUAGCGAGCAAUGGACGUUGAGCUCUUUUGCUACCAUAUUCGAUUCGAUCGACGCUUUGCCACGGCCAAUUACCUCGGAAACAAGUUACGAUACGCCCUCAAAGCGGGAUUGGCGUGGUGCGGACCGCCAGAAGAGGCUACUGCUCGCCGUUGUCCACGAUGACUCGACGGUUUCCUACUACCUCAUUCAUGAUGGCAUUGUAAAGCCAAGGCAAAAUUAG